AUGGCAGCGUGCACAUUCCACGUUCAGACUUCAGUACUAUAUGCUUGUAAUUUUAUCAUUUUCUCUCCCAAAUAUUCUUGUCCCACAGGUGUAAUCAUUUGUACAUCUUAAGCAAAAAUUACUGCCAAUAUCGAAAGCCCAUUUUCCAUUUACCUAAAAUUUGCUCAUUCCUUUACUUCAUUCCUUUACAGUACAGCCACUUUCUUCAAAUUUUCCCGAGAAAUCUUGUGUUUGUCUUCUGGGUUUUCCCUCUUCACCCCGCGCCGCCGCAUCUGUGGUAUAUAUAUAUAUAUAUAUAUAUAUAUAUAUAUACACACACACACACGUUGAAGGGUAUGUGCUAUGCACUAAAUACUAAUCGUGUUUUUUGUUUUUUGUUUUUUUUUUUUGGAGAUAUCAAGAUAGCGGGUGUUUGAAUUUUGUGUGGCUUGUAUUACAUGCACAUGUUUAUGUAAAUCUAUCUAACCUAUUUAUAGAUGGAUAUGGACAGGUUAAUUAGUUCAUCAUGAGGAUCGCCUUGUCUGCCUGCAAGCCAGCAGAGCCCCUGCUGAGCUUCACCACCGGCGCCGGCGGGUUCAAUAUGGGCACAUGCAAUUUCAAUCCCCGGAAUUGGAAAGAAAAAGUCGUGAUCGUGAUAGGAGCCACCGGCACUGGAAAAUCCAGGCUCUCCAUUGACUUGGCCACCCGUUUCUCGGCCGAGGUCGUCAACUCCGACAAAAUGCAAGCCUACAGGGGCCUCGACAUCGCCACCAACAAGGUCACCGCCGACGAGUGCCGCGGCGUCCCCCACCACCUCCUCGGCUUCGUGGACCCCAACGCCGACUUCUCCGCCGCCGAAUUCCGCCGUCACGCGUCCCUCGCCGUGGACUCCAUCGCCGCCCGGGAACGCCUACCCAUCAUCGCCGGCGGCUCCAACUCCUACGUCGAAGCUCUCGUCAACGACGACCUCGAGUUCCGGUCCAAGUACGAGUUCUGCUUCCUGUGCGUCUAUGUCGCACUGCCCGUGCUCUACUCCUUCGUGUCCAACCGGGUCGACCGGAUGGUCCAAUCCGGUUUGGUUGACGAAGUUCGGGGAAUGUUCGACCCAGAAGCGGACUACACACGGGGGAUCCGGCGCGCGAUCGGAGUGCCAGAGCUGGACCCCUUUUUCCGGGCCGAAGGUUCCGCUGCUGAGGAGACGCGCGCGAAGCUUCUACAAGACGCCAUUAGGGAAAUCAAGGAGAAUAAUUGUAAGCUGGCGUAUCGGCAACUACAUAAGAUUCGUCGACUGGACAACCUGUUGGGCCACAAAAUGCACCGCCUCGACGCGACGGACGUGUUUCUGAAACGCGGCGUAGAAGCGGCGGAGGCAUGGGAGAGGCUUAUUUUGCGGCCGAGCACCGCGAUUCUAAAUCGGUUUUUGUCCGGUGAAAGCUCGUUUCUAUCCCACGAAGACUGCUUGGCCACCGCCCUUGUGCCACCGAUGGCUGCACCAGCAGCAGUGGCUGCCACUUUUGGAUGAAAAGCGGGACCCGCGCAAUCUACCAGGAGGGCAAUAAAUGGUGCCACGUGGCAAUCACUUUUCAAUUUUUUAUGCUAUAUUUCAGAAAAUAGGAUAAAUUAGAGCAGAAUAUAAUACAAAAUUAUGGAUCCUUUUUAAUUUUUUAAAAUUUGUAUUCAAGUAUACUUUUAGUCGCACAUAAGUGUGGACACCAUAGCCCCAUGCAUGGAUGGGGGUGCACGCUUAUAUGUUAGUAAGAAACUCUUGAAAGAUUGAUCCCUUCGAGUAAAAUUAUAUUUAUAUUACAGCUGAAAGCAUGGAAUUUAA